ACAAUCAGUUUAAUCAAUUCAGAGGACAGACGCAGCCAGCUUCCUCUACUGAUGGCCUUCUUCCGGCAGCUGCGACUUCUUCUCUGGAAGAAUGGGCUGGGUGUCAUCAGACAGCCAGUGUGGUCACUGACUCUGAUCAUCUGGCCUCUGAUCAUCUUCAUCAUCAUCGCCGUGACCCGCAACCAGUUCCCUGCAGUGAUAAGAGACACAUGUUAUGUGGGUCCUCGAAACCUACCCAGCACAGGCUUCUUCCCUUUCUUGCAGACCCUCAUGUGUAACACAGACAGCCACUGUCGUAACAAGUCACAUCUGGUGAACCCAGCUGCAUCAAAGUCUACACACAGAUCACCAAGGGCUGCAAGGUCGACCCCACCAGACUCCCCACUGGCAAACCUGCUUCAGGGGGGAGACUUUUUCAACUUUGCAUUCCCCAAUGACUCCAGCAAUGAUCCUACAGCAGUGAUUGAGGCCUUGAACAACGUCUUGGGUCUACCUAACCAAGGAAACCCUAACAAUGUGUCUUUCAUGAACACCAUCAAUACUACUCUUCUGGGUGAUCAGGAGGCUUUGAACGCUAUGCUGGAGUCAGUGCACCUGUUGAAGAGGUUGAUCUGUACCACGACUCUGCCCAUGAUUAACACAACCUCACCCAACCCCGUCACCUAUGCUGUGGUCACUUUCUGCAAGUCCAACGACACUGUGUUUGAAGCCUUUCUCCAGACAUUAAACCAGAUACUGACGGAGCAGAUGCUUACAAAACCAGACGAGCUGAUGACGUUUGCUGGGAUGGCGGUGUUGGUGUUUGAUCAGCUGCAAAAUCAGUCCUCAUUGUGGGAGAGCCUUCUAGCCAUUCCCGAGUUCUUCUCCCCAAGCUCUCUUGACCAGGCACUGGACAACACAGAGGCCGUUCUCACCAACAUACAGGGUGCUAUGCAUGUCAUCCAGAGUAAUUUCCCUGAAGUCAACGCCUCAGUCUCCAUGGUAUAUCCACUACUUGUUGGAGGCAUCAACGUGAUCCACUAUGUUCAAAACUGGCCUGGCAAAGAUGUUUCCAUUUCCCUUGGAGAUGUUGUCACGUUGCACAAUGACUCACUGAGUGAAAUUGUGAAACGGGUUUUACAAGAUGUCCAGAUACCGUUGGAUAAGGCUAUCGGCCUGACUUUGGACAGAGACAUGGUGCGUGCUUACUUGUGUGACAACAGCAGCAACCCUUUGUGGCUAACAGCAGCAUGCACUACAGGCACUGUGGACAUGCUUCUGGGCUGGAUCAGUCCUAACAAGGUGGCCAAGCAGGCUCUCCUGGCAUGGAGUACGGAUGUUGCUCCACAUGAUGUGGCCUUUGCCAAAGGGCUGCUCCACAGUCUGAUGGGAGGUUUGUCCCCAGGGGGGCAGGGAGGAUCCAACAUCACAAGAAGCCGGCGUAGCGUAGAUACACAACCACAAAACAUCGACGAGGAGCUGUUCUUGGAGGUUGGUCAUGUGGUGAUGGAAAUUAUAAAAAAUGUCCCUGAGGUGGACAUGGUUGUCCAGAGCAUCCUCAGAUCCGGCUUUCAGUCCAUGCAGACAGCGACACUGGCCCUUGACACCGUCGAAGACAUGAUGGAUGAUUUCCUGAAAGAUACCGGUCGACUCCAAAUGACUUACCUUACGUUGCUGACAAACCAAUCUGAGGCAAGCGUUUUGAUCGGUCGUAUCCUGGACAGUGGAAUGGAAGUCAUUAUGAAGAUUCUGGCAAAUGGGUCUUCAACAUGUAAGGAUGUCCUGGCUCCCUUCGAGUGGCUGUUGUCAACCAAGAGUGUAGAGAUCGAGGUGUGGAGAUCAAUGAUCUGCCAGAACAGCUCUACUGUACAGCAACCUCUACUGAUGAAGUGGCUGCCUUUGCUUCAGAUGGCACAAGAGUUUUACAGCACUCUGACAGGCCAAGGAGACUAUAAUGUAACACUUCCCAUGAUUCUCUCUGAGUGGCACAAGUUGUAUAAUAACACUCUGAAGUUUGGAGUGUUUACGGAGAGACUGGUCACAGAGCUGGGUGAAGAAUACUGGAUGAACUGGAUGGCAACAGGCAACAGCACUCUGAAUGUCACUGGGACUCUUCAACAAAGUGUUUUCUUGUUCAUGGUGGAUUUUGGAGAAAAGAUUGAGAACAGUCAACUGUGGCCCGAGGUAAAGAACUAUUUCCACAUGGUUUACUGGAUUUUGAACUACAGACCUGAUGUCACAACUCAGCCAGCAAACUGUUCUCUUAACAUCUAUACCUCAAACAUUCAUUGUGACACUGGUUUGAACUGGCACCAGUUUGUUCAAGCAUUGACUGAGGUACUGAUGUCACCAAAUCAAGACGUCCUGGUGAACUCUCUCAAAGGAACUGUGAAUCUGUUGCAGUAUGUGUUUGGUGACACCUAUAAACAUUUGGCAGUAUCAUAUUUGGAACAAGAAAUCCAAGGUGGCGACGCGCUCUCCGCAUACAUGAUUAACCUGAUGAAAAACCUGGAUGGCUUUGUCCAAAGGAUCUCCACCCUUUCUGACAGAAACAUCUCUAACUCUGAGGUCAUGCCUCCCCUCAUUGAGAGCCUGUUACAGUCUACAGGUCUGGCACCACUACUGCCUCUGUUCUACAGUGACGGCCCCAUAAAUGUCUCCAAAGUUCUUGAUGUUGCCUCAAAGCUUGGCAGGCUUAACCAGCACAUUUUUACCUUCAAUGAGACAGACCCAACAAUGCCUGAAUUGGAGCGGUUAAUAAUGCUGUUUCUCUCCUUGGAGGGUAACCUCACCAUGUCUCUCCCCCACAUCAUGGGGCACACUCUGCUCACGUAUUCUGACUACUUCCAUCCUGAUGAUGUAGCCCGUCUCAGAGAAGCCAUCCAGCCUUUCACCAACCAAACCUCAGCAGGCACUGUGGAGGCCAUUCUCCAUGCCAUGGAGCUACUGAAGACAGUGAUGGAUUCUCCAAAUGGUGACCCAACUAACAUCAUCCUUGGGUACAUGCGCCAGCUUCAAGAAUUUGUGGUGUCUCUGUAUAGACUGCGAAAAAUCGACCAUGUCUUGUUACCAGGUGGGCAGCUCAGCACAGCUCAAGUCACUGACCUCCACCUGCUAUCCAAAGACUUUCUCAACCUCCUCACCCCUGAGAGCCUGGAGAACCUUACUCAGGCUGGACCGGAUGCUGCCCAGAACCUUGUUAUUCAGAAAUUUGUAGCAUUCCUUCCACCUGAAGUCCAGCAGGAAGCUGCUCUCUUUCUCCAGGAUUUCAAAACUCUGCAGGAUCAGAUGACCUCAUGUGCAACAGGCCAGGACUGUUUGGCUGGGAUCCCAGAAAUCUUCACAUUCGUGGAACAGAUAUUAGACAUGAUGCUCUCGGCCAACGGUAGUGUCACCAUCAAAUUAGCUACACCCAACUUUCUUCUGGGGGGAGAGGAACGUGAGGAAAUUGCAUCAAUGUUCUUCUCACUCCUCCUGUCUCCACAGGAUGCUUCCAAUGUGGAAACAUUCAAACAGACCCUUCAUUUCAUCAGAUUGGUCAUGACUACACCAAAUAUUACUGUGUCUCAAGUCCAGAAUGCUCUGAAACAGUCAAAUCUAACCCUUGAAGAGCUGAAUCACAUCGCUGCCCUAGCUGGAGCUGCAAACAUCAGUGACCUAAUGGUGAACAUAAUGGAGAUAGUCAAUGCUCGCAAGUGUUUUGAACCACAGCAUAACCAAACAGUGACAACCAAAUGUGUUAAGGAACUGAUAAACGGGGUCAGCAGUUUCCUGACACACAUACCUGCUCUCCAUAAUGAGACAGACAUUCUCUCCCUAAUCCCGUUAAUCGUCAAUAGCGCUAUCAGUGAUAUUGUCCAAGUUGACUUCAGCUCCAAUACAAACAUGGCUGUCAUACAUGCCCUGAACAUCACCCUAGCCAAUAUCAAGAUGAACCUCCAGCUGAACCAUCUGAACACUCCAGAGAUCAUGAAUGAAAUCACAGUGAUUGAAAACCUGUUAAAAGUAGCCGCCAACCCUGAACCCUUGAACCGCAUCUUCAACGCCACCUCAACAGCAAACCCCAUGUAUAUUAAUAAAGUAUACUUGGAGAUUGUGGAAUGGUACUUAAAAAGGCUGGAGAAUGUCACCAGCAAAAGCUCCUACUCAGACCUCCUCGAGCCCCUUUUCCGCCUCACACACAUGCAAGUGACAUUACAGCUGGCGCAGGCAGAUUUUAAUUUGUUUAUCAGUGACCAGAUUGGUAACCUGAUGAACAACCUCCAGUACCCAAUAGAUGGUGCAGGGCUGAGGGAAAUUGGCCAAACAACAGUUGAGAUUCUCCGGCAUCUACUUGAAUUGAUAAAGGUCAACCUUCAAGCUCAGAAUGACAGUGUCCAUAGCUACGGUUCAGGGCCAUUGUUCAACACAACCCUCUUGCAUGCCACUGAGCUCCAAAUUCAGCUAUACCUCAACAUCAUACAGGAGUGGAUGAAACAACCCAAUGUCACCUUGGUCUUCACUAGUAUGCUCCAAUGGGGAAACUCCUCCAUGAACGUCUCCACCCCUGUGAAAGACCUCGACUUCCUGCUUGAGACGAUAGCAAAUAUUCUCAAUGAUGAUCAGCUGGCCUACCUCUCCAUCAUUGGCACCAUCACCCAGUCCUUGAGCAAAGCCCUAAUGUUGGCGGAGCAACCAGGUGGCCUACAGAGUGAACACUUCUUAGCCGCUAUCUCGGAAGCACUCCAAAGUGGUAUGCAGGUCCUGACCGCAGCCACGGGCCCCCUGCCACUUUCUGUACAGCAAAACAUCCAGGAAAUUGUGCAGGAUUCCCUAAAGCUCAUACUCCAACCAGACUUGAGUUUUGCCUCAUCAGCUAACAUCUCCCUCCUCAUCCUCAAGAGAGCUGAGAUGCUCAUUCAACAGACAGUACCAGAGAUGUUCGCUGAAUACCUGCUUUCUGGAAUCAAAAUCGUGACCACUUAUUUUGAGACCCUCUCCACGGCCAGUGGACCAGACAACUGGAAUCAGAUGAUUCUGAAUCAGAUGAAGACAGUCCAAAGCCUCCUGCCGCCAAACAGCACAGCCCAGGACUACGUUUCUGUCCUCAUUAACAUCACUCACUUCAUCUUGGAGUCUGGCCAAGGCAACAUGAGUCUCUGGGCAAGUUUUGGGAAUGCAUCAGCAGAAAAUUUGCCAGUAAUUAUUGGCCAGAUGGGCAAACUCCUGGGCAUGCUUUGGUCACUUGUCAUGGGAGGUCCAGGCUCACAUACAACUGCUCCAUCACUGGAGGGCUUCUCUCAUCUUGCUCCUGUCCUGGAACAGGUGAUGACUGGGCAGGCAGACCAAGAAACCUGGGACAAACUUGAAAAGAUGCUAGAGUCCAUACUGUCAACUGUCGAAGGAACAGAGCUAUGGGACAAUGGCACAUCUGUUGUCCCACUACUUGAAAAAAUCAUAGCAAGUAUGGUGAACAACAUGCAAGCAGAGAACGCAUUGAUACUAAGCCUUCAGAAGCCUGUGAUGACCCUGAUGACAGAUAUUGUACAGUCUGUGAACAGCAGUCAUUUUAACUUGUCUGCGGUCUCGGAAAGAAUGCAGCUCGCCAUUGAACACACGGUGCAGGCAGUUCAGCAGGCCAAUGGCACAUUGGAGUGCAGUGAAGCUCUCCAACUAUGGGAGCCAGUAAGAGAGGCAGCUGGUUUAAACCACACCACCAUGGCUAUGUGGUGCAACAUCGACCUGCAGCCUGUUCUGGAGGCCUAUGCUGCAGAACAGAUUGUCUACAUGAACAUGAGUUACACGAAUGUGGGACCAAUGACUGCGAGCGCUGCAGCUGCCAAGAUUGUCAAGUCUGUACAAUCUCUCUACCAAGCCUACAUCAACCGCACACUUGUGACAGAGCAGCUCAUCAUGGCUUUCUCCAGUCAGUUCACUGCAUUGGCAGGCCAGCCUCUCAGCCCGGAGGCACAGCUUCACUGGUACAUGCAGCUCCAAGACAUGCAAUUGCAAAACAGUUUGUCGUCCAUCAAAUUGCUCACAGGUCAACUGCUAAGUGUGGCUCCCUUCCUUCAGCCGUACAUUGAGGCUGGAGAGAAAGCACUGAGCCACAUCCUGGACAACUCCCACCUCAUUCAAAACAGCAGCUCAUCCCAGGACCUCUUCACAGAGGCAGCAAUGAUCUUCCUAUCCUCUGCGAACAUCACCUCGGUUAACAUCUUCUCCGUGAUGUGGGGAAAUUUUUCUGGAUUCAAUGAGGCAUCUCUUGAUGACAUGAUAAGGGAAGCCGUUAAACUGAUGAUCAACAUGAAGAUAUUUGGGGACACACCUAUGGUUUACCAAGCCUUGGAGCAAUUUCUGGCAUCCAACCACACAAGACUGAUUGUGCAGAAGGUGGCUGAGUUGUCUGCAUGGUUGGCCUCCUCUCAAGCAUCUGGACUGGAUCUGCUGACUCAGGCUCUGCCCAAAAUAUACGAAAUCCUCAGGCUUUUCUUGUCCAUCCUGACCCAGAUGAAUGUGGACAUGCCACCACACAUGGGGCUGUUUGAAGACCUAGCUGGAAACACAAUUGCAAUGCUGAGGCAGCUGGUAAGCACCAGUGGUCUUCUGGCCCCCAUGGACCAUCAUCUGAGUAUGCAUCAGCAGGGAAUGACAGGCAGUAACCAUAUGAUGAAGGUCCGACAGAGACGUGAGGCUCCAUUGAUGCCCACAAGAGACCCCAUGGAUGACUUCAUAGACCUGUUGCACAUUGACUACCCAGCAAUGUUCAGAGCCAUCUCUGUCCCUCCUACCCCAGAGGAAAUUAUGGAGACAGCCCACAUGUUCUUUGCCAAUCCUGAUCUGAGCAUUGUGAUGAAGGGUGUUACAAGAGACAUGCCAUGGGGCUUGAAUGCCUCUCGGGAAGAGACCAUUGAUUCUACUCUUGGGGUGCUCUCCUUCUUCACCCUCCCUGACGUGUUUCAGAUGUCAUCAAUGGAUCUCUUGAGGAUUGCUGUUGGUAUGCUUCCCGAUGGCUUUCCAUUCUCCUCAGUACUUAAAAAUAUCACCAGAGCACUUGCCAGUGAAUCUCAAGAGAACCUGAUCCUCAUGCAGCAGACCAUCAAGACAGCCGCCAAGCUCUUCCAGACUAACCUGACAAGUGUCACAGAGCAACUCGACAACCUGACAUCCCAGGUGUGCACCUUGGAGAAUACGGAGACUGUGCGUGUGCUGAUGUCAGCCCUCUCCCUGGAGCCGGGUCAGCUGUGUGGCACUUUUCUACCCAGCUUCCAGCUCCUGUUGCAGAGUCUGAUGAUGAACACGACCACUCUGAUUGAUGCCGUCUUCCAGACCAUCAUCGGAGACCCCAGCACCUAUGAUGUGAAGACAAACUGGACUUCUAUGUUUACUCAAGGUUUGGGCUUGAACACCAGCAGCCUGAACUAUCUCAACAUUAACAUCACCUCUCCAGGAGUGGUGACGGUCGGUGAGUUGCUGAGGAAUAAAACAGCCUUCGUUCUGGAUGUUCAGAAGCACAUGGAUUUUGAUCCAACUGUUCUCACACUGCUGAUGGAGACGGCACUACCAAACAACAACUUACAGAUCCUAUCGUGGUUCGUCAACCUGCGUCACUGCGACUCCACAGCAGCUGUGAACAUGACUCAGACAGAUGUGGUCAUCUUCAGGACCUUCUGCUCCAUGUCUGUCCAGCAGUGGUACACCUUUUCACUGCUGAUGGCUUACCAUCUGAACACGGAAAAACUCAUCUACAGAAUGGUGCUUUCUGAAGACAUGCAGAACCUGGUGGGAGUCAUGCUCGAGAUGGCUAACAUAAUAACCAACACGAUGAACAAGAUGCUUCCUGCCAUUCAACAGCUGCAAAGCUACCUGCUCUCCAUGAAAGACCUCAACCUGGCAGCCAACAAUGAAUUCAGCCAAAUGGCGAGAGGACAGAGGGCCAGCAUCUCCAGCCGAGCUACAUUCGUCACCCUCUCUCGAGCGCUGUGCAGUAAUGGUAUCCUGGCUCUGUUUGGGAUCUCCAAACUUCCCAUCAAAUCGGACUCAAACUCUUCCUUCCCCGACAACUGCCAGAGGGAGGAGAUGAUUGAUAGGUUCAAGAUUCCUCGAAAUGCCAGUCCCUUUUGUAUGAACAUGUAUCUGGACAUGGUCAAUACCACAGGAGGAGCCAUCGCCUGGGCUUUCCUCAAACCAAUGCUGAUGGGGGAAAUCCUCUUCACCCCUGACACACCCAUCACCAGGGGUAUAAUGGAGAAGGCCAAUAGCACCUUGCAGGAGUUUGCAAAUCUGAGGAAGUACUCCGAGAACUGGAUUGAAUCCUCCAGCUACAUCAUAAAGUCCGCCGACAUACUCAGCCACACUUUGCCAAUGCUGCAGAAUUCUCUCGGCAACGCCUUUGUGAAGAAUUUCAUUGAGAUGCAGACAGACAUCAAUGUCGGCAGUAUGAAGGAGACGCUCAGCAGCUUCUCUAACGUGACAGAGAUGCUGGAGAGGAACAAACAUGUGCUGAAUCAGAUCACCACCUUGUCCACCCUGAUGGUGAAUCUCUCCUCCUGUAUCAAAUUUGACCGCUACCGUGGCUACGACACAGCUGACCAGCUCAACACUGAGGCUCAGGACCUCGCCAAGAACCGUAAUCUCUAUGCAAGUGUCAUCUUCAAGCUUCCCAAAGAUGAGGAGUCAUCCAGGAAGCGUCAGGCCAGGUCCUCCUCCCCCACGUCCUCCCUGCCUCCCAAAGUCAGCUACACCAUCCGCAUGCAUAUGGACAACGUCAUGCGCACUGACCGGGUCCGGGACCCCUACUUUGUGAAGGAUUCACACAUCUCAGCAAGGCAGACGCUGCGCUACAACCGGGGCUUUGUGUACCUGCAGGAGAACAUUGAACGGGCUAUCAUUGAGACCCAGACUGGACAGAGAGCCACAGACGCAGCUGUCCAGCUUCAGCCCUUCCCCUAUCCAUGCCAUCUCCGAGAUGAGUACCUGGAGGCCAUCUCUUUUGUCUUCCCACUCAUGCUGAUGAUUGCCUGGGUUCUGUUCGUGGCUGAUUUUGUGAAGAAACUGGUUCACGAGAGAGAGCUGAGGCUGCAUGAGUACAUGAAGAUGAUGGGAGUCAACCCACUCAGUCACUUCUUCGCCUGGUUCCUGGAGUGUGCCAUUUACCUGGUGUUAACCGUCUUCAUCCUCACACUGGUGCUGAAGUACGGCGGCAUCCUCUCACACAGCGAUGGCUUCCUCCUUUUCUUGUACCUCUGUGACUACAGCUUGAGCGUCCUGGCCUUCAGUUACCUGGUCAGCUCCUUCUUUGACAAGACCUACAUCGCCGGCCUCAGUGGCAGCCUCCUUUACAUCCUCUGCUUUUUCCCCUUCAUCGUGGUCAUGGCCCUGGAGACCAAUCUCACCUUCGCUCAGAAGAGCGGCCUGAGUUUAUUUUCCCCGACCUGUUUCAGUUACGCCAGUCAAUAUAUCUCUCGCUACGAGUCCCAAGGAGAAGGAAUUCAGUGGAGCAACUCAUACACCUCGCCCAUGGCUGGAGACACAGCCUCGUUUGGUUGGCUUUGCUGGCUGAUGCUCAUCGACUCCAUGCUCUACUUCAUCGUCGGGGGUUACAUCCGUAUGGUCUUCCCAGGAAAAUAUGGCAUCCCAGCACCGUGGUACUUCCCCUUCAAAGCCUCCUUUUGGAUGGACCUGUGCUGCUGCUUUAAGUCACGGAGUAAGGGAGGCAAAGGACGCCUCUUCACCAACAUCAUGCAUAAAAACCAGCCUGUCUUCCCUGGCGACAAAGGAAAAGGCAAGAACACUCUUUCCUGCCAGGCAGGUGAGGAUUUCUCAGAGCUCCCAGAAGGCGUUGCCCUCCACGGUCUCACUAAGAUCUAUGGCGACCGAGUAGCCAUUGAAAACCUUAAAGUUUCCUUCUACGAGGGCCAUGUCACCUCACUGCUUGGUCACAAUGGAGCUGGCAAGACCACCACCAUGUCUCUCCUGACUGGCCUCUUCGCCCCGUCAUCCGGCACUAUCGAGGUGUACGGCAGAGACAUGCAGACUAACAUUGACGACGUUCGCAAGGAGCUGGGUGUCUGCAUGCAAUAUGAUGUCCUCUUUGACCACAUGACCACCAAAGAGCACCUGCUGCUGUAUGGCUUGAUCAAGGCCCCGCACUGGUCAAACAGGGAACUGCAUGAGCAAGUCCGAACGAUCCUAGAGGAGACAGACAUGUAUCCUCACAGGCACAAGCGGGUGGGCACCCUGUCGGGUGGCAUGAAGCGCAAGCUGUCAAUCUCCAUCGCCUUCAUAGGGGGCUCCCGCAUGGUGGUUCUGGAUGAACCCACCACAGGAGUCGAUCCCUGCUCCAGGCGCAACAUCUGGGACAUUGUUAUCCAGCAUAAAAAACAACGCACUAUCAUCAUGUCCACCCACCACCUGGAUGAAGCUGAAGUUCUGAGCGACCGCAUAGCCUUCUUGGAGAAAGGAGGAUUAAAAUGCUGUGGAUCCCCCUUCUACCUGAAAGACAAGCUGGGUCAAGGCUACAAACUCACUCUCACCAAGAAGGUGCAGAACCUAGAAUCUGAGCCACUUGACAAUGCUGAACUGAAGUCCUUUGUCCAAGCCCAUGUACCUGAGGCGCGACUCAAGGAGGCCCAGGGGGGCGACUUGGUCUAUUCACUGCCCCCGUUCACCUCAUCCAACGCCUCCUCAUACCGCUCCCUCAUGACUGCGCUUGACGCCAACCUGGAUUCCCUCCAGCUCGGGGGCUAUGGCAUCUCUGAUACCACCCUAGAGGAGGUGUUCCUCCACUUGACAGGAAACACAGGAGCUGGGGAUGAGGAUGGACCUCUGUCAAUCUCAGAAACAGUGUCUGACACUGCAUCCAUCGACAGCUUCCCUACCGACCCCAAUGGGAGCAUCUCCAGCUUCGGUGACCAGAUCAAGCUCACAGGUUCGUCCACGGUGCGCGGCAUGACCCUGGCCUGGCAGCAGAUGACAGCCAUACUGAUCAAGAGGUUCCACCACAGCCGUAGAGACUGGAAGGGCCUGAUCUCCCAGAUCCUGCUUCCUGUUCUGUUCGUUGUGUUUGCGAUGGGCCUGGGUUCCAUCAAGAACAACCUGCGGGACUAUCCUGAGUUGGAGCUCAGCCCUGCACUCUACAACAUCGGACCAAGCUACUCUUUCUUCAGUGACAAGAAUCCAAACUCCAGCCGGCUGACGGACACCAUGAUGUCAUUCCCGGGGAUCGAUAACAACUGCCUCGACAAGUCCAGUAACCAGGUCUGCUCAAGAAGCACAAACAAAUGGAGUUCCAGCGGGAAAAGCUCCAAAGCAUUUACUGCCUGUAAAUGUACCCGUCAGGAACAGAUUUGUGAUGAGCACAACUUUCAGCCGCCCCAUAAGAAGAUCCCCUCCUCUCAGACUGUUUACAACCUGAGUGGUUUCAAUGUGGAGAACUACCUGGUGGCCACGGCGAAUGACUUCAUAAGGAACAGGUAUGGUGGAUUUGAGUUUGGUAUGCAGCUCCCUCCGGAUCUCCAAAUGGACCUUACAGCGGUGCCCAAAAACCGUACACUAUCUAAGGUCUGGUUCAACCCCGAGGGCCACCACACAAUGCCAGCAUACUUAAACAGCCUCAACAACUUCAUCCUACGCUCCAAUCUUCCAGCAGACAAGGACCCACGCAAAUACGCCAUUUCAGUUUCCAGUCAGCCCUACUUUGGCCGGGUGGAUGAUGAAGAUGCAAUUGUCCAGGGAAUGCUCCAGAUCCUUGUGGCUAUGUGUGUGCUGACAGGUUAUUCCAUCACGACGGCCAGCUUUGCCAUCUAUGAAGUCAAUGAGCACCACAGCGGCUCCAAGAGGCUCCAGCACAUAGCUGGCAUCAGUGAGCCCUUCUACUGGGCUGUUAACUUCUUUUAUGACAUGGUCACCUAUCUGAUUCCUGUCGCUCUGACCGUCGGUGUGAUUGCAGCCUUCCAGAUUCCAGCAUUCACAGAUCGGCAAAAUCUGGCUGCUAUCACUCUGCUUCUGGUGCUCUAUGGGUUUGCUACCUUCCCCUGGAUGUAUCUCUUGUCAGGCGUCUUCAAGGAUGCAGAGAUGGCUUUUAUCACCUACGUGUGCAUCAACCUCUUCAUUAGUGUCAACACCAUCAUAUCCACCUCCAUCCUCUACUUCCUGGGUCAAAUUUCAAUGCACAACCCUGAGAUCAUCCAGGACAUCUUCCAGAAGCUGAGCUACAGCUUCCUAAUCUUCCCCCAGUUCAACUUUGGGAACGGGUUGAUGCAGCUGGCUCGGAUGAACAUAGACGUCCAGCUCCUCAGUGGCUACGGCAUUGAUGCCUAUCAGAACCCAUUCUCCACAGACGCCCUGGGCUGGAUGUUCAUCUCCUCCUUCAUCCAAGGCCUGGUCUUCUUCACCCUGCGCCUCCUGCUCAACAAGUUUGUCAUGCGCAAAGUCAGGCGUCUGAUUUGCGGCAGAAAGACGGUGCCCCAGGUGGCUUGUGAAGACGAGGAUGAAGAUGUAGCCACUGAGCACCUACGGGUAUCCAGUGGAGCAGCAAGCUCAGACAUUCUGCAGGUCAACCAGCUCACUAAGGUUUAUCAGCACCUCAACAAGAAGGUCCAUGCUGUUAAGAGGCUCUCUGUGGGCAUUCCUGCAGGAGAGUGCUUUGGUCUGCUGGGAGUGAAUGGAGCAGGAAAAACAACCACCUUCAAGAUGCUGACUGGAGAUGUUAGCCCCACUGAUGGCACAGCACAGAUCAAGGACUGGGAUGGACGGCUGGUAGACAUCAUGGAGUGCCGUAACCAGGGAAUUAACAUCGGCUACUGUCCCCAGGUGGACGCACUGGACAAUCUGCUCACCGGAGAGGAACACUUGUACUUUUAUGCUCGCAUUCACGGCAUCUCAAAGAGGGAGAUAGACAAGGUGGUGAACUACCUACUGAAGAGGCUGCAGCUCAACUACCAUCGAAACAUCAUCACUGACGGUUACAGUUGCGGCACCCGCAGGAAGCUCUCCACAGCGCUGGCUCUCAUUGGACAUCCGCAAAUCCUGCUCCUGGAUGAGCCAAGCUCUGGCAUGGACCCUCGCACCAAGCGACACCUUUGGAAAAUCAUCUCUGAAGAAGUGAGAGGAAAAUGCGCUGUGGUCCUCACCUCUCACAGCAUGGAGGAGUGUGAGGCACUGUGCAGCCGUCUUGCCAUCAUGGUGAAAGGUCAAUUCCGCUGCCUGGGCUCCCUGCAGCACAUUAAGAACAGGUUCGGCAGCGGGUUCACUGUGAAGAUGUACUUGGCCGAGGCCGCCGGUGAUGCAGAGGCAAUCACUGGCUUCAUGCAGCGCCGAUUCCCCAGCACUUAUCUCAAGGACCAGCACUCGAAUAUGGUGGAAUAUCAUGUUCCAGUUGCACCAGGAGGGGUGGCCGACAUCUUCGACCAGUUGGAGUCCAACAAGAAUGCUCUGCAGAUCAAACACUUCUCUGUGAGCCAGACCACACUGGACGAGGUCUUCAUCAACUUUGCCAUGGGAAAUAUUGGUAUGGAAACCGUACCAAUUCACAGCGAGGAAGAAUGCGACAACUUGGGCUCCAUUAAGGCAGUACAAACGUAGAGCUGACUGCCGCCUUUUCUUUUCCAUAUUCUGUAAAUCCACAAUGAAAUGAAAACACACUAUCUGUUUAUUGUAAAUCUGCCCUUGAUAUAUAUAUGUGAAUAUUAAGAGUUUAAACCUGACAAUCCUGAUUAUUUCUUGAAAGUCUCCUGACUGACAAUAUGAAGAAUGACUUAAAUUUCUAGCCUCACCAAAUUAGACUGUUAUUAAAAAGCAGGAGACUAUAUGCACAUGCUGUGUUGUGCACAUUUGCAUGCAUGCACAGAUGGAAGAAGUUGACAAAUGGAAGUCUUAUUUUUAUUCACUAUUUUAUCUGACAGUUCACAUAACUGCACUCGUAUGUUUACCUUUAAUCUUGAUUUCAUUAUUUAUGAAGGAUACAGUUAAUCGUAUAGUCUAUUAAUUUCUCUCUGUGGUUGGGGAACUGUUAAUUAUCACAAUAUCCUACCAUGGCAAUCAAAAACACUGCGUUCUCUAUUUAUAAUCAUUUUCAUUUGAGCUUAAUAUUGGCAAGACAAGAUUACGUGUCUAAAGAAGUAAAAAAAUUUCUCCUGAUGAACACAUAAUUAUGCCUACUGGAUGUAAUUUCAUGAAAGAAAAAUACACUCAGAAGAAUAUUCUCUAUAUGCACUUUUCCCCCACUCAUUAACAUCUCCUCUUAGAGCAUAUCUAACUUUUAGAAUGAAUGUACUGAAUAUUUAAUGGACUCUUUCCUGCUUAUGGACCAGUUCCACAUAGUCUUGAAUGUAUCAGGCCUAUUUUUUA